AUGGGUAUCAAAAAUUUGUCCUCCAUCAUUAAGGAGCAUGCUCCCGAUGCGAUCAAGGAGGGCGAGAUCAAGAAUCACUUUGGCCGCAAGGUGGCAAUUGUAAGUUUUGGCUUCUUCUGCCCGGUUUCUCUCUUCCUAGGCGACGAUCGCUCCUCCAUGAGCAUCUACAGUUUCCUCAUCGCCGUCCGCAGCGAGGGCCAGCAACUCAUGGACGAGAGCGGCCAGACGACCUCGCAUUUGAUGGGCAUGUUCUACCGCACCCUGCGCAUCGUCGACAACGGCAUCAAGCCCCUCUACGUGUUCGACGGCGCCCCGCCCAAGCUCAAGUCGGGCGAGCUCGCCAAGCGCUUCCAGCGCAAGCAGGAAGCGCGGGAGGGCCUCGAGGAGGCCAAGGAGACGGGCACGGCCGAGGACGUUGAAAAGUACGCCAGGCGGUCGGUGAGGGUGACGCGCGAACACAAUGCCGAGUGCCAGAGGCUUCUCAAGCUCAUGGGCAUCCCCUUCAUCGUCGCGCCCACCGAGGCCGAGGCCCAGUGCGCGGCGCUCGCUCGCGCCGGCAAGGUGUUUGCGGCGGCGAGCGAGGAUAUGGAUACCUUGUGCUUCAACUCGCCCAUUUUGCUGAGGCACCUUACGUUUAGCGAGCAGAGAAAAGAGCCUAUCCAGGAAAUUCAUCUGGACAAGGUGCUCGAGGGCUUGGAUAUGCCCAGGGAACAGUUCGUCGACCUCUGCAUCCUUCUCGGCUGCGAUUACCUCGAUCCCGUACCCAAAGUUGGCCCCACGACGGCUCUCAAACUGAUCCGCGAGCACAAGACCCUCGAAGGCGUGGUCGAGGCCUUCGAGAAGGACCCCAAGGAGCGCUUCAAGAUUCCCGAGGACUGGCCCUACCAGGACGCGCGCGAGCUCUUUUUCAAGCCUGACGUGCGGCAGGCGGACGACCCGCUGUGCGACUUCAAGUGGGAGAAGCCCGAUAUGGAAGGCCUCGUGCAGUUCCUGGUCACGGAAAAGGGCUUCUCGGAGGAUCGCGUGCGGGCGGGCGGCAAGAGGCUGGAGAAGAACCUCAAGACCGCGCAGCAGGUGCGCCUUGACGGAUUCUUCAAGGUGAUUCCCAAGACGGAGCAGGAAAAGGUGGCGCUGAAGAGGAAAAACGACGAGAAGCACGAGGAGAAGAAGAAGAAGCUGAAGGAGGAGAAGAAGGAAAAGGCAAAGGCAAAGGCUAAGCCGAGGGCCGUUUAA